UCAAAAAUAGUAGAGCCGCUAAGACAAAAGAGGGUGAGGGCGUGGAUUAAGAUGGGCAAAACAAAGCCAGUGAAACGACACAAAUGCAGCGAGGUAGCUCAAGUCCUCAAACAUGUGCGACAAGUCGAGCGGCGGAAGAAAACAGAGACAAAGAAGAAGAAGAAGAAGUCUAGAAAAGCAAAGAGAAGCAGAUGUAUAUAUUCAACUGGAUGCAAUUCCUCUGCUUCCAUCUCCAAGAAUCCAGAUGGCAAUCAAGCAUCCGAUCUUUCAAGUGCAGUUAAGACGAAGGCAGGGGAUUUGGAGGUUGAGAGUGAUUGCAGCUUCUUGGACAAACAGGAUGUGAUGGAGAUAGUGCUGGUGGAUGUGCAGUUGAGUGUCAAUCAAAGCCCUCGAGCUGAAAACACCCCGUUUGUUAGCCUAGUAAGCGAGGCAUAUGGCGUGACAGUCAUUGGGUACCCGUUGGAUGUUGGAGAGAUAAGAGGCGAGAGUGGCACGCGCAAGGUGUUUGGUGAUCUUGUUUGGAGGACCUCUAAGAGGAGCCCCGUCUGCUAUGUCACGACCUCGCCCUGUGCUCCCAGGAAGAGUGGCCAAGAAGCGAUGCUCCCGUCUGCAGAGAAGCCCUUUGUGAAGUUGCACAAGAAUUCGGAGAAAGCACCCAACAAAAGUUGUGUUCCAGUGGAGCUUAUUUUCAGUAAGAUACUAGCAGCAGUUGAUUAGGGAUAAAGUUAGGGAAGCAGAUGUGUUUUCAAUAGUUUAUAUUAGUGUUGAUGAUGCUUAUAAGAAGAAUUUAGUUGGUAGUUUUCAUCAACAUCCUUUGCUACUGGAGGGGAUUUUGUUUUACUUCCAUUAUAGGAAUUUUGUGAUCUAGUUUGUGAAGUUGUAGUUGGAAUAGUUUAGGAGAAACAGAUUCCCUCUUAGUUAUGUAAAUUUUAAAUCUUCUAUUGCCACGGGUUCCUUUUACUUUUA